AUGAGUGGCCUUUUCCACCUUCUUCGCACUUGCAUCCCCAAGUGGUGUCGUCCGCGUCCCGAUCGCCAGUCGCAGAAGCACCUGCAGCACCAUAUUUUCCGUCAGCUUCAGACCAAUCACCCGACCACCCAGGCCCUGGUGGCCAUCAGGCCUGGUGAACAGGUGCUGCCCAAGUGCAGGUUCAUGCAGUACCGGAGGGCCAAUGAGCACCUCAAGCGAUUGGGCAUGGUCUCCGAGGAUGGCAGCAAAAUGGUGGAGCUGUCGAGCAUCACCUGUGCCGCCUCCAACAUGAUGGACUUCAUCCAGCAGCGGUAUUGUAUGGACAGCCUGCUGGAUAGCGUGCAAUUCAUGACGAUUGAGAAUGUGGAGUCCGUGGAUCUGCGCCUGCUGCCGCCCAUCGAUUCACCGGGAAAGAUCAUCGGCAUCGAUUGCAACUACGUGGACAACUGUGACGAGCAGCACAUCUCGAUUCCCAGGGAGCCGAGCUUUCAUGUCAAGUUCGCCACCUCGAUUACGGGAGCAUUGGACAACAUCAAGGCGCACAGUUUGGCCAAACAUAUCGACUACGGAUGCCAGCUGGCCGUCGUUAUGGGCAAAAAGUGCCGGGAAGUAGCGCCCAAGGAGGCCCUGAAACACGUCUUCGGAUUCAUGGUGGUUCAGGAUAUCGUGGCCAGGGAUUGGAAUGCCCUUCUUGGCGGUCACUCGAUGGAUACUUUCCUCCCAUUGGGUCCUACGAUAGUUCACCGAUGCCAUGUGCCCGACGUCAAUAACCUGUGGAUCAAGACGACUAUCAAUGGGGAGCAGCGCCAGACGGGCAACACCCGAAAUAUGAUCUUCAAGGUCGACUUCCUUAUACACCGCCUGUCCCAGUACUUGACUCUCUGUCCGGGCGACAUCAUACUCACGGGCACGCCUGCCGGAGCGGGCGCCUAUCGCCAACCGUCGAGCUUCCUGAAGCCCGGCGAUCUUAUCGAGAGCGAAAUUCAAAAUUUGGGCAAAAUGUGCAAUAAAGUCGUAAAUCCCUAUUCUUAAAA